AGUACUGUCUCAGUGCCAGAACAUCUACUCUACCCUGCCCUGACAUACGCGUACAUUAUGGUUGUAAUUAGUCCGACUUGUGCCCGCGAAGAAAAAGCGAAGGAUGGCGAGGCUGAAAAUAAAAGUCAUCCAGCACAGCAGCGAAAAACUGUUGACUAAUCACUCGCCUGAGAUUCAGCUUUAGAAAGUACACAGGGUCUUCGUGCAGAGGCACUGCGGGCCUAAUGCCAGUGCUGCGAUUCAGCAACGCUCCUGCUGCGACUGCUAAUUCGCGGCGGUAAAAAUCAUCGGCAGCUCCAGUGAAGCCGCUUGGUAGCGACAAGCAAGUACCGAAGCGGGAUCCUCGACUCCGCAACCACGCCGCCAUGGCUUCGGCGCCGGAGACCAGCACCUCAAGUGGGGGGGGGCAACGGCAGCAGCAGGGGACUAUGAAAUUAGAAACACGGAAACAGCGUCGGCAGCGCGCGCUCGCGGUCGCGUACAAUAUCCCCCGGGUGACGAAGACGAUUCCCGAUUACUCGCAGCAGCCGGAGGGGCGACGACACCACACGCUGGUGGGGGGCGUCGGGUAUACCACGCUGGCGCGCGGCGAGCGAACCAAAAGCGUGCGGCUUGCGAACCAGCAGAUGCAACUGGAAGCGGAUCGGCCCGCGCUGGAGGAAGAGACCCGGAGCGACGCAGUGCUCGCGCGGCUCUGCCGAGCUUGCGGGGAAUUCAUUCCCGAGUCCGAGCCGUUGAUGCGGGGCCACGAAACAGAUGUCUUCCACGCGCGCUGCUUCCAGUGCGCCUGCUGCAGUGUGCCAUUCUCCGACGCGCAACCCUUCUUCACUAGCCCGACCAAGUUUAGGCCCUGGCGCCCGCGCUACGUCCGGUUUGAGGACCUCGAGAAACCGCACCCGUACAUGUGCGCGGACUGCGAAGACCGAGAGGACGAUUUUCACGCGAAAUUUCGCAGCGACUUCUUGCCCAGCGAGGCCGAACGUCUGGCGCAGGAGUUCGGCGGCGCCAAACCGCGGGUGUGCGACCUGACGAAGAAACUGCCUGCGCUCGAGGGGCCGCUGGCGGACGCGACGUUCCGGCGGCAAGAGCUGCUGCUGGUGAACAAAACCUUCGACAUCCAGGUGGACCCGGCUGCGGUCAUCUGCAAGGUGUGCGACCAGACGCUGCAGCAGGUGCGGGCGACGUCGUCCGCCGACAAGUGGCUGGCGCAGACCGAUUCCAUCCUGCGCGACGCCAAACACGCGGAGCGGAUUCUGCGCCACGAGUUUAUCUGUCUGAACUGCGACCGAAAGAUGGACGAGGACGCUCGCCGCCGCGAGGAGGAGGCUGCGGCGGACCGCGCCGCGAAGUUCCAGAAGGAGGAGGCCGAGCGCCGGCUGCUGCAGUCCAAGUUGCAGGCGUCGACCGCGCCUCCGGAACCGGAGCCGGAGGUGCUGGCCGCGCGCCGGGAGGAGCUGCAGCGCCUCACGGCUGAGAUGCAGGGCCGGGAUGCGGAGCGCGAGAAGCAGUGGCUCGCGGCCCACGUGCCCACCGAGGACCAACUUUUGAUCGCCCUGGAGCGGGCACCGCACGUGCUGCAGGGCUACGUGCUCGCGAAGCAGGAAACCCACGAACACUUUCAGCGGUUACAGACCUCUUUGCUCGAGAAUGCGAACACCCAGAUCGGGGCCAAGUACACCGAGAAUCUGGCAAAAGACCACUCCGUGCUGUAUUGCGAAGUGGAAACGGAGCAGCUGCGGUUCUCUCUGGCCGAGCAGGUGGGUCUGCUGCAGCAGCAGUCGCGGGACGCGAAAGACGCCCUGAUCGCGGACUACCAAGCAAAAGCGCCGCCGCCCGGGCCGCCGGCCCACCCGGCGGAGGACGCGCGGCUCCUAGACACGCGCAUGGACGCGCAGCACCUCAUUCUGGAGGGCGACUACGUGGAGUUGCUGGUAGCCAAGAAGUCGUACAAGUACGGCACGAUCUUCCCUGUCGGGAGCAAGGCCGUCGUGCGGCGCGUGUUGUACAACGUGCCCAUCCGCGGGCAGGCGGAGGACGAGAACGCGCUGGCCGCGUCCUCACAACGGGACGAGGAGACGCGGCUCGCCUCGAUGCGGCAGCACCGCGCGCAGCGGCGCGAGGAGCUGAUGAUGCUGAGUCAGAAGGGCUUGGCCGAGCAGCUCGAAGAGGCCAAAGCGGAGAAGGUGCAGCGGCGGCAGGGGCCGCGGGUCAAAAUUCCGUUUCGGGGGGAGAUGACAAGCAAGGACUACGCGGGCACAGUGUCCGGAGAGGCGGAGGUGUCUCUGCAGGAAAUUUUUGAGACGGACGUGAAAGAAGUGUACUACGAGGGCAGUAGGCCUCCUUCGACGCGCGCGUCGCGUCGGGCCGGGCUCAAGAACGUGCAGCGGGCCUACUUGCUCUCGUUCUUGCCCCCCGGGUUGGAUCCCCGAAACCCGGACUCCUUCAACCCCUUUCGGCCCGGUUUCCCGGAGCAAUACAAGGGACACGGGAUCUUUCGGGACCUGGAGUGGUACUGUGGCGACGGUUUGUAUCUGGACGGGGGCAAGAUGAACAAGCAAUUUCUCACCAAGAACAUGUGGGUCCGCAAGGUCGACAUCCAGAAGUACGCGGGGGCGUGGGACCCGGUCACCGGAGGCAGCGGCGUGCAGCCGCUGUUCCGCCCCCUGGGUGCGCCCGGGGGUGGCCGCAGCAGCGCCGGGCCGCUUGUUCCGGGAGGAGGCGGAUUGACGCUGGAGAACGUGCUCGCGCAGCUCGCCGCGGCCGGAGACGGGACGUCAGAUCCGGUGGUGAACAACAUGCGGGCUUCGGAGCUGAUGCGUUACAUCGUGCAGCCGUGGCAGGCCGGGCCGGACGCGGCGUCGAAGCCCCCCAAACGGAGCUACGGGGUACAGUACGACCUGGAGGAGCCCGGACGAGUCUCGACGCGCAGCGCUGGUGUCGGUCCUCGGGAGCGGUCGGUAAUUGAUACGCUGCAGGAGCUAGGCGUGCAAGCGAGCCCCGCCGCCCUGGAGGUUUUGGCGGAGCAGGUGAGUCAGGUGCUGGAUGAAAUGACCGAGGACGGGGGAGGAGCCACAAGUAAAAAUGCAGUCGCGCCGAACGCCGGUGCCGGUGCCGCGCCACUGCCCGCCCGGCAAAGCGGAGCAGCGCCGGUGACGCGAGAGAGUUCGUCGUCCGCCGCUGCGGCCGUCGUGGACGAGAUAAUGGCCCUACCCGCUGCGGAGGUUCCGGACGUGCUUGCCGCCGUGGAGGAGAUCGUGCAACAACAGCCAGAAGCGGCCGCUCAGGUUCUUGCAGCAGUGGAGCAGCGACUGUCGCAACCAGGAGACCUGGCAGGAGGCCUGCCACCAGCGGAGAUACCGCCACCCCCGGUGGCGAGGCGGAGCAGUGGGCGGGCAGCUGCACCUGGUUCGAAUCAGGGGUGGCCCGGCUCAAAUGUGGUGCCGCAAGGUCCACCAUCCGGCAUGGGGGUGGUCCGUGCGCCCUCCGCUGCGCCCGGGUCGCAACAAUCUCCGAUCAUGUCUCCAUCCAAUCCCUCGGUCUUGCGGAAUUCCAGCAGGGGCCUAAAACAGCUCGCAACGCCUACGGAGGCCGAAAAGGUGUCUUUACGUCCGACCACACGCAAUGUAACGGAGCUAAAUCACGACGGCAUACCAGGAGAACGAGCUAUGUCACUGCGCACUGGCGCGGGGCAAAACGAAUACUCGCCAAAACCGUCCGUCCUGGAGGGGAUGCCAAACCUCAGGUAAUCAUACGAUAUUUCUUCAUUGAUGAAAUUCAUGUAAGUAGUAUUUUCCCACGUUGGGUUCGAUUUUUCACAGACGAGACCUUUUAUUCGGAGCUCAUUUUUCACAUUACGAUUACGAACUGAGCCGGACGAAAUUUCUUGUGCUUGAUCCAUGUUUCAGGAAUUUUUGGAUCUUUUUUGCUUACUGUCUGCGAUGUUCCUUGUGAAGCCUGGGUUCACUUUGUCUUUUUUGAUCACCUGACCCUGAGCAAACUUCAACGCAAAUGACGAUCACUGACAGGCCGACGGACAGGAUACACAGGAGUAUUGACGACGAGGCACAGUAUCCGCGAGCCCAUUCUCUGCGCCCCGUCGAGGUCUCACCUAAUGCGUCGGCGAUCGCUUCGGAGCAGGACGGGCGGCGAAAUUUGUCUUUGCGCAGCGUGUUCCCGAAGCUAACCGGAAUGAUGCAACAGCGCCCGUCCGCGACCGAGAGUCCCUUUCACAACGCUCCAGCGCUGAAGGAGCGCUUUCUUUCUCUGAAACAGUCCCUUCUGGGAAAAGACCCCACAGCUGAUGCCGAUAGAAAUGGAGGCCCCGGGGGGCGGCGGAAGUGGCGCAUCAUUGCUCUAAUGGGUGCUGCCAUGCGGGGCCUCGGGCGCGUCGCCGUCGGCAUCGACGAGAUUGCGCCUGAGCAAGCAACUCAUAAGCAAGAAGCGAACGCCCAGGACGAUCUCCCGUCUGGACCGCCGCAAAUGCGAAACCAGACGUUAUCAGGUGACGCCGCGUUUGUGCCAGAAUCUCUACGAGAGAGCAUGCCGCCCGGUACAAAUCAAUUGGUUUCUGGAAAGUAAAUGAGUUUAUCUUUUUUCCGCUUAUCUUGCUUAUCUAGAUUCAUGCUACUGUGAGGCUGGGAAGACGACAUUCAUUUCGCAUGCUCAGUAUCCAUGAGGAUGCAAAAUAAAAUUCGGAUUUCAUACGAAAACGACAGACGCGAAGAUCACGGUGCGAGAGAGGAUUCGCACGAACCGAGGCGUGGUCGGGGGAAGCGUUAGACAGUUAGCUACGCAGUUCGAGGAGCGCGACUUGAAUCCGUACCCUGAGCUAUCGCUGUGAAAAAAGUGUACCCGGAGUGCCAUGUUUGCAUUGUCGCAUUUGAAGGAUAUUAGCAGUUACAGCUGAUCUCUGUUUUCUCCGAGGAGGACCUUCUCCUUCGGUCUGCUUUUCGAGAUUAUAGCACCCCGGGCACAGUUUUCAUAGCGAUAUCAGCCUCGCGCACCCCGGUCUACGCGUGCCUCUGUAGCCUCGGUCGGGAAUACCGCUGACGGGCUUGCCAUGUUGGCCGGUGCCCUGCAAAAUGACGCUUUGGCGCGCAGCUCGACCGGCUCCUCGCUCGCAAGCCAAACGCUGGUUGCGGACGCGGCGGCUCGGGCGAGCCAGGCCCUGGCCCGCGAUGCCGAUCGGCCUUCCCGUGGUGGCAGCCCGAUUCUGCACAAGCAGCUGACGCACGGUGCGCCAUCGCUUGCCGAUAUCAGUGCCGCUCUUGACGAAGUCCAGAAGAGGAGCUCUUUGACGUCCGCCGAACGGUAUGAAAGCGGUUUGGUGGUUUGGUUCGAAAACUCAGCCAAAAACGGAUCUUUUGUUUUGGCAUUGGGUAUGUACAUCAAUCAUGCAAGUACAACUUGAGGACGAAUUAAUUUCAUGGGACAUCAGUGGCGUAAGUACAGCUGCACCGCAUCAGCUCACAUAUUAUAUUUGCAAUCAACAACCCAAAGUCGAGCUCCCUGCGACGUUGGUUGUCGUUUCUAGGUACACUUUCGCAUUUCCGUACCUUUAAGUGUAAUAUCAUCAUGAAAGAAAUAAAGGAUGCCAUCGAGCUAAAUAAGGACUAUGGGUGGGCACACAACAGAGUGAAUCGGGAAAAAAAAAAGAGCAAAAGAUCCCGGUUAUACACUUGACGUUUUUGCAACCGUGAGAUUUUCGUUGCAUAGAAGGAUGACGAACUCGAACGGGACCUCCAACGCCAGUGGGUCAGGAGUGUUUUCCAAGGCGACGACGGGGUUGCUAAGCAGCCUCAAGGCCAACGCGGCAAAGGUCUCCGGACAGUUCGCAAAGCUGACGACCCGCGAUCGUCUCACGGACCAACGCGAUCGGCUCACGGACCAGCAGAGUUUGAUUAAGAUGUCGCGGCAGAGCCCUUCUCCUCUGCCGCAUGCGGAUGUUGACGCCGAUGCGGCGGUCGCCGCGUUUGAAAACCAAUUUGCCAUGACCCCGGCGGCACAGGCUGCGUUUGCGGAAGAGAACUACGUGCAACUGGCUGAAGUGACAGGGCCACUGGCCUCCACGAACGCGCCAACCAGCGCCGCCUUCGGCGGCUCCGCUUCUGCGCACGAGCCGGUCUCGUUGGGUGACGUGAUCGAGGGAAAUUAUGACUCUGGCAGCCCAGGGCAACUACAAGGCUACAACCCGUAUCGCGGCUGGACGGGGUACUACAAGGGGCCGGCGCUUCCGGGCUUCGGCAAGGGGGGCGGGGGAGGCCCAAUCAGCGCAGGCAGUCCCGACUACUCAGCUGGGAAUGGGAUGGGAGCAGUCGCUGCUGCAGAAGAGCCGCAGUCGGAACACCAGUUUGUCGUGUACAACAACGGAGGCUACUACCGUCCAGGCUGGACGGGGUACUACAAGGGUCCGGCGCUCCCGGGCUUCGGCAAGGGGGAAUGGGGCGCCAACUGGCGGGGCAGCGCGGCGGAGUUCGCUUUUCAGUCCGGGAUAGAUGACUCGGUGGACCGCAUGUCGGGCGCCACGGUAAGGAGCGGAACCUCGCAGGCCACGGGUUGGUCUCCCGCGGGCGGCAAGAACCGUAAAAGCUACGAUCGGUUGCUCGACACUACGCGUACCGACGGGGGCGCAAGAGCAAGUCUGCAAUCCGCCGCGGGGCGUGGACAGCAGAGCAACGCCAUGAUCGGCGGCCAACAACUUCUACCGCCGGGCAACUACAGCUACGACCCCACUCCAUUUGUUCAGGCAGACCCGGGGAGCUUCGCGGGCCCUGGCUCUCAGAUGGGGGGCAAUACAGACCUUAGCAGCAACGCUGUCGACGGCGCUUCCCCGGCGAAUCGGGGCAGCUCCGGCCCUUCGACGGUGGUGGUGACGUUCAGCGAUGGACACGAAGAGGCCGUGGCAAACCCUGCCGGCGUGUAUGAGUACGCCAGCAGUAAUCUGUGGUGGCGGAUCACCGUCCUACCGAGCCUCGAGUCUUGGCUGAACUUAUCGACUGCAAACUACCGGUCUGGCUCACGAAGAAGCUGCUACGUCGAUACAUGACGCCAGAGCUACUUGCAAUUUUGCAUGAAAAUUACACGGAGGUGCUGAUUUCACCUCGCACAACGUGCGCUUCGGGCUGCGCGGCUCCCGCACGAUCGGCACCGAAGCAGAAGUCAUGCUUUUGCCAAAUGUCUGCAUGCAAGGCGUACACAAGUACAUAUACUUUUUGCAUCAUUUAUUCCCAGUCAGUCCGCGAAGUUUGUGCAGGAUAAAGCUAUGGGUAUUACGAUUCUCGAGAGGCUGCGGAAAGCCAAAUGGUGUACCACGAAGGCGAGUGCAGCCUGUCUUUGCUGUUUGUGUCCAAGGCGGCGGUCGAGUUUACACUGGAGCGAGUGGACGCAACCGACAGUUUCCGACGGAGCUGUGGGCAGACGUUCCUGGUCGCCUGCCACCCCGAGACGGGCGAGCUGCUCCCCGACAAAGCGCGCAUGCUGCAGCUUGUACGCAGCUGAAGAAAACGAGACCGCCGCAUUUCUCAUGUAAUCACACUUCUGCUUGCCUGAGCCUUGAUGCAGCACAAGUGGGCAUGUGUUGUUCUAGCAGUAGAACAAACGCGCGACCCACUCACGGGGCAAGUGUUGAUUGUAAAAUAUACCAAGGCAUGAUGUAUACGCGAGGUAGAACCAAAAGCAAAAGUUUCACAGCACGAACAAGCUGUGGAGAAGUGAUUACUCCACGUACCUUCAUGACCAGGCGCUGGUUUUCUUCCAUAACUCUUGUGCGACGUGUACUAACCUGUGCGAAUGACAUGGAGGGAAUUUGUGAAAAGCCUGCGCCCACCUUCUCUGCAGCGCACUCAUCUUGACUCGAUUUCGUCACAUACUCGCAGCAAUUUCGUCCGGGUUCCGCGGAGUCAUCAACCAGAAGAGUAGGCAGAGUCAGUUGUCUUUUUUUCUCUCGUUGCGCACAGAAGUUGUCGAAGCAGAGGUACAACUGAUUAGAGAGUGUACCGACUAGAACGCCAUCGAUCUGAUUGCGAGUACCCCUCGGAGAUCAUGGGUCCUUGUUGGUAAAGUAACUACAGUGUUUUGUUGUAAUUUGUGUCAUAGUACAUGAUACAUAGAGAGGAAUCAAUUCUGUAUCAUUUCUACCUUUUUUUUGCUCUUUUUCUUCCGCCAGGACGAUGGUCAAUUCAUACAAGGCAAAGACGGACACGUUUUUUCCGCAACAACCGUAGUGAAAGGUGCUCUGCCUCUGCACCCUGACCACCAAGUAACAUAACGUUGUAACCCAACGCCAAUCCAAGAUAAGAACAUGAGCUUCUUUUUUCUUUCACUCACUCCAACGACUUACCUUGUGCAUUGACGAUUGACUUAGUCACACUGAAAACGUAUUUUUCUGUUGCAGUUUUCCUAACCUAGCUGUUCUGCGAAAAUUGUGCACAGUGGAAAGCAUGGUGAGGUGACACUAACCUAGCUAUGCAAGAAGACCACGAACACGAUCUAUAAAAUGAUGUCCAAAAGAAAAGUAAAGAUAGGGAAGCGAUCUAAUACAAAUACAAAUGUAAUCAAUGCAAGUCAGUGAAUACGGUCAAGAAGAUCUUUUCUGCAAUGAAUAUGAAAGCAACUUCGAACGCCGAUCACGAAAUGAGUUCACAAGAAAAACACUUCAACUUCUUGAUCAAUUGCUUUUUCUUGUGUAUUACCUGCAGGUCUCCAUUGUUAGUGAAU